AUGUCCCCAAAACCAAUACUCCAAGCCCCAAAAGCAAACCCCCUAACAACAACCCUCCAACUCCUCACCUUCCUCCUAAUCCUUUCCAUCGUCGGUAAAAGAACCACAACCCUCGUCCUAGCCUCGGUCUUCACCCUGUGGUUCAAGACCAGGUUCAACCUCUACCAGGACUAUGUCGAAGAGCGGCGGUCUACUCGGCGGGAACGAGAGCGCCAGCGUCGGAGUCAGGAGGUUAGGGUUAUUUCGGCGAGGAUUGUGGAGGAGGUUAUGAGGGGUUCUUCUGCUGCAUUGAGGGAUGGGGAUGGGCAUUUUGGGGGUUUUACUGGGGAGGUGAAGGCUGUUAAUGGGGUUGGAGAGUGUGUUGAGGAUAUAGCUGAGGAUGGGGAGAGUGAGAAGGGUUUGGGGGAUCUUGAUGGUGGUGUUGUUGUUGGUGUGGAGGUUUAUGGGGUUGGGGGGUCUGGUUCUUUGGGUGAGGAUGAGGUUUCUGUGGGAAUUGGGGAGGUUGAGGUGUUGGAGGGUGAGGGUGAAACUGAGAAAGAGGAACAGAUAGAGAUUGUGGAGCAGAGAUGGGAGCAAGCUGGGCAUGAGGAAGAGGUCUACGAAGAACCUGUUGAACAGCAGGCGAUUGAUGAAAAGGUGGACGUCAAGAUUGAGGUUGAUGUCGUUGAUGAGAAAGAGGAUGAUGGCACUUCUCCACAGUGGAUUGAGGAUAUCACUGAGAAUCAUGAUUCGAAGCAGAUGGCCCAGCACGAUGAGAGCCAAAAGAUCGCAGAGCCAGAAGAGGUGAAGCAGGAGGAACCCCAGCGCGAAGAACAGAAGCCAGAGAGCACAAUAUUGCAAGAAGAGAAACAAGAAAGCGCAUGGGCAGAGGAAAAGCCAGAGAAGCCCAUCGAGGAAGACAAGAAAGCCACAACAGAUUCCAUCCCCAAAGUUGAUGAGCCCGAGCCUGAGAAGGAAGCCAAGAAGCCCGAGCCAAAGCAAGUCGAGUCAAAACCCGCCGGGCUAUCUCAAUCCCGCUGGAGCAAUUCAUUGUCCGGCUCGAAAAAGGUCCUCGACCCACGAGCGAGCACUUUCCAGCCAACGGAAUUUAAAUCCAGCGCGAAAAGCCAAUACCAAUUCUCUCUUCCCACGACGACCCGUCCUCAGUCGUCCACGCCACUCGCGUAUAGCUCCAUCGGUGUGCUGGCAUCCUCGAGCAGUUCUCCCUUAUCUGCUUACUCCCCGCCGAGCAUCUUCAGCUCCAUGGGGAGAAGUACGCAGAAUUCAACCCCAUCCUAUGGCGAUUACUCUCACAGCCCUUCCUAUGGGUACAACUACGCGACUACGUCCUCCUAUGGGAGUUCACCCUCCUACACGACCUCAUCGUCCUAUGCAAACUCCUCCUAUGCGAAUACGUCUUCAUACCCAAAUUCUUCCCCGUACGGGAAUACUUCUUCUUAUGGAAAUUCGUCUUACAGUUGUUACACUCCGAGUCCUUACUACAGCAGCUAUAAUUACGCUUCCGCCAGCUGA